AUGGACAGUUUUUAUCUUGCUGAUCGUGAGCAGACUACUACCUUACACUUACACUUAAUUAACUUAUAUUAAACUCUGCCGCAAUUCCCGAAGGAUUACCUUCACCCCUUAACGCUUCUCUCGGUUGCUCACAUCGCAGCACGACCUUCAAAAAGUUGCUCCUACAGGACGAGGAUGUGCACUCACUACCCGUAGUUGGAUGAGUUGCGCCAGCUCGCAGUACGUCAACAGAGUUGGCCCAUUCCGAAAAUUCAAAAUGAAUUUUUUGGUAGGAAAUCCAAAGCCUGGGACGUAACGUCCAGUUUCAUGCUAACUCCCCCCCCUCUGUGAGUGAACAAAAAAAUUUUGUUCACUCGCGGAGCGGGGUAAUUUUUUUUUUUAAAAAAAAAUUUAUAUAUAUAAAUUUUAUAAAAAGUAUUUUUUUCGAAAUUUAAAAAAAUCCUAAUUCGCAAAAAUUGGAAAGCAAAUAUUAAUUCAAUUUGCAAAAUUUAUGUUUUAAAAAGCAAUUCGUUUAAAAUUAAACAGAAUUAGCUCUAUAUUUCAUUAUACUAAUUAUCAUUUAUAUAUAUUAAAACUUUUUUCCAUAAAAAAUUUUUCUAUAAAAAAAAUUUUUGUUCACUCACGGGAGGUGGGCUUUUGGGCAAAAAAUAGGGAUUUUUCUAAGGGUUUUUGUUCACUCACGGAGGGGGGGAGUAAGGAGUAGCCCGAUGGACCAAGUAGAGUGCUUGGCUUUGCUGAGCUUCCCAUUUACAACCUUGAACACCAUCUUCCUCUGAGGUAAAAAACCUGGUACUAGAGUGAGCUGCGGCCGGCCUAUUCCGACGUUGCGCUCGACUGCGCCAAGUAAAAACCUAGCCGGAUAUACUUCAACGAGCGCCAAUUUCCCUUCCAAAAGGUCCCCGCUGCCUUUCGAGCUCGCGGCUACAGGUGUUGAGAAAAAGGGCUGGUUCGCCAUCGCCCAUUUUAAUAUAUAGCACACUACUACCAAAAAGCGUAAAGUGCUUCUUGCCUUAAGUUUAACUACUCUUAUUGGUAUCAUAGGAACUGUUUGUUUACUCAACACCCCUUCUUCUCAGCUUGCUCUCUACCAAUACACAUUAGAAGAGCAAGAGUUCCAAAAAUACAUGGAAGACUACGGGAAAUCUUACAGUUCCCACAACGAGUACCUUAUUCGUUUCAAAAACUUCCGUGAAAACACUGCCUUUAUCCGAGUCCACAAUAUGCUCGGGAGAGACUGGACUUUAGGGGUAAACCAAUUUGCUGACAUGUCGUUUGAAGAAUUCGGCCAAGUCUAUCUAUCAAAUAGCUAUGAAGUCCCCACACUCAAGCCAGAAGAGAUAGAGCCAUUCGACCCUUUAUUAGAAAUCCCAUCCUCUGUUGACUGGAGAGCUAAAGGAGCAGUAACUCCAAUAAAAAAUCAAGGGUCAUGUGGAAGCUGCUGGGCCUUUUCUACUGCUUCUGGCGUAGAAAGCAUAUGGUUCAUAUCAGGUCAUCCAUUAAUUUCUCUUUCUGAGCAGCAGAUGGUCGACUGUGCUGGACCUUGGGGUAACUAUGGCUGCUAUGGGGGAAAUAUUGUGUAUUCUUAUCCUUAUGUAGUUCAAAAAGGACUUACAACUGGAGCAGCAUAUCCUUAUAAGGCUGCUCAAGGGUCAUGCAAUACAUCACUUGAGAGUCAGCCAGCUGCAAGGAUAAAGAAUGCGUACUUCGUACAAGCGAAUGAUUACCAAGCUUUAUUGAAUGCUGUGUCAAUUAGACCAGUCAGUGUUGCUGUGCAAGCGGACCAGGCUGCAUGGACAUAUUAUAAAGGAGGGAUUGUAACAGGAAGUUGCGGCACCUCUUUGAACCAUGCGGUAAAUAUUGUGGGGUAUAACAUUGCUAAUAAUCCUAAUUACUGGAUUGUUAGAAACUCAUGGGGAACCUGGUGGGGAGAAAGUGGGUAUAUCAGAAUUAAGGUUUCAUCUGGAUAUGGAAUUUGUGGUAUUAAUAUGAUGCCACUUUAUCCAGUGGCUUAA